UUCGGCGAGGGUUACCGACGUCCGCCGUCCGGAGCCGUUCUGUCAGCGAGGACCGCUAAACUUACGAUCGUGAAAGACACGCUGAACUUCUUCAGCUGCGGCUCGACGUUAAACGUGAAGUAGACGUAGACUCUUUCCUGAAAAAAAAAUCCCAUUUACCUACUUUGUCACAGUUAACGUUAGCGCCGUCGCUUUAACGCGGCUGUCAGAUCCACGGCGAGCAUGUCAGUCUAGCAGAUGCUAAACUUCCAGUUCGUUUCGAAACGGCAAAUGAGUCACGUUUGCAAUCACUAAGAAGUGACAUGUUUCACCGGAGACGCUUAAACUGAAAAAAAGGAUUUUUUUCCCCCCUUUAUUGUGGCGCGCGUUUCUGUUAGACUCGCCGCGUCGCUCCAUCAGUCUCCGUUAAAACCGUUUCUUUCGCCGUUUUUGAUGUCCCGAGAGAAAAAAAACGAAGGCUGAGCCUGAGGGACACCGCUUUAUUAUGUCGCUUUUUUUUUUUUUUUACGGCGAGGCUGAAGGGAAAUUUAAAGACCUAAAAAUAAAGUGUCGGUUUCUACUCCACAAAGAAUCAUUUGAACUUCCUACCGCAGAAGGAGCGGGACGUAAAUAGUUCUGACAUGUGGAUGUAAUUUCAGAAAAAAAGAGGCAGACAGAUGCAGAGAAAUAAAACGCGAGCGGAGAGAGAGAGAGAGAGAGACUGGGGACAGUUUGAAUCGAGCCUGCGAGGAAAAGCCGUGAGAAAAUAUUCAUAAUUUUACAAGCAGGCGAUGUAAUGGGAGGGGAGCGGACAGAGGAGAAAUGACUGGCUCUUUUUAACACAAGUAAACACCAGAGAAAGCCCAUUCAAGCUGACAUCGGUCCGCGCGAACUUGUCGGGAUGGGAGCCACGCUCAUAGUACACACUUUAGGUUUAGUCUUUUGCGGCACCUUGCUGAGUUUCGUCUACGGUCUGGUUGAUGCUGAUGAUGUCCUCACUAAAGAAGAACAAAUGUAUCUUCUGUUCAAUGCAAAAAGAAAAUGCGAGCGAAACAUCAAGUCCAAACAUAAAAUCCCCGAGGGUUACUGCAUGCCGGAGUGGGAUGGCAUCGUUUGCUGGCCCGAGGGACUUCCUGGAACGAUGGUGUCCACUGCCUGCCCGGAGUACAUAUAUGACUUCGACCACAAAGGUCAGGCGUACCGGCGCUGUGACUUCAAUGGGACCUGGGAGCUGGCCUCAAAUAACAACAAAACCUGGGCUAAUUACAGCGAGUGCGCCAAACACCUCGGCAGUAUUCCCCCGGUCCAAGAGAGGGAGGUUUUUCACAGACUUUACCUGAUCUACACGGUGGGCUACUCUAUCUCUCUGGGAUCACUUAUGGUGGCGACAGUCAUCCUAGGAUACUUUCGGAGGCUACACUGCACCAGAAACUACAUCCACAUGCACCUGUUUGUAUCGUUCAUGUUGAGGGCCAUUAGCAUAUUUGUGAAAGACGUGGUGUUGUACUCUGGUGCCGCUCUGCAGGAAAUGGACCGCAUCACCGUGGAGGAUCUCAAAUCCAUCACAGAAGCCCCUCCUGCCAACAAAAGCAAGUUUAUUGGCUGUAAGGUGGCUGUCACCCUCUUCUUGUACUUCUUGGCGACCAAUUAUUACUGGAUUCUGGUGGAAGGCCUGUACCUGCACAGCCUUAUCUUCAUGACCUUCUUCUCAGACAGGAAGUACCUUUGGGGCUUUACUCUGAUAGGCUGGGGUGUUCCUGCGAUGUUUGUGACCAUCUGGGCCAGCGUGAGAGCCACUCUUGCUGACACCGAGUGCUGGGAUUUAAGCGCAGGAAACCUGAAAUGGAUAGUGCAGAUCCCUAUUCUGUCAGCAAUUGUUGUCAAUUUUUUGUUGUUCCUGAAUAUAAUUAGAGUCUUGGCAACAAAACUAAGAGAAACAAAUGCAGGAAGAUGUGACACGAGGCAACAGUACAGGAAGCUGUUAAAAUCGACGCUGGUCCUCAUGCCGUUGUUUGGGGUUCACUAUAUUGUGUUCAUGGCGAUGCCCUACACAGAAGUGUCUGGGGUGCCGUGGCAAAUCCAGAUGCAUUAUGAAAUGCUCUUUAACUCAUUCCAGGGAUUCUUCGUUGCAAUUAUAUAUUGCUUCUGCAAUGGAGAGGUCCAAGCAGAAAUCAAGAAGUCGUGGAGUCGGAGGACGCUCGCUCUGGACUUCAAGAGAAAAGCCCGGAGUGGCAGCAACACGUAUAGCUACGGACCCAUGGUGUCUCACACCAGUGUCACAAACGUGACCGCCCGGGGCCCUCUGGCCCUGCACCUCACCACCCGCCUGGGGCCCGUCUCCCUCAACGGCCACCGGAACCUCCCGGGAUACGUGAAGAACGGCUCGGUCUCGGAGAACUCCAUCCCGUCCUCGGGUCAGGAGCACAACAUACAAGAGGAAGAACCUUCGAAGAACUUCCAGGUGGAGAAAACCAUCCCGGUGGUGGAGGAGGAAAGAGAAACAGUCAUGUGACUUCACAAAGCCCUUAAUAAAGACGAUGAAAGGAUUGGAGAGUCCUUUGUUUCUCAGGAUUUCCUCACAAUUUGGAUUGUGGGACCAUCUCAGUUGGACCUAACGGACCAGGUGCGAUCCGUGUCUUUUAAAUGAGCCACAAUGUUCUUGCGAGACCGGAAGCUAUUACAGGCACCAGGCCAUCUUCACCAGCAGUAUUCGGAGGAUGAACGCUUUGUGAUGCCGUCACAUCACCUCCUUAUAGAUGAAGAGCGGUGAGUUUGCUUCAGGAUCAAGUCGUAUGAAAUAUAUGACGCUGUGGACCGUGAAUUGUAAAUAAGACACUCGUCGUAUUUCAAAAUAUAUAUAUAUAUAUAUAUAAAAAUGUUUUUGAUCAGCACUAAUAUAAUGUUGUUACACAGAUGCGACUGCCAGUAGGGACGAUCUUUGUAUUAUGAUAGCAGGUUUGUGUUAGUGCAAUGUGAUAUUUAUAUGUCUGUUGUGUCUCGUUUAUCCAUGUGUUUCAAUCUCUUUUCUCCUCAUGAUUGAAUUCCCUCAGAAUCUGUGUAGAAUUCUGCAGCACAAGCUCGCAUCGUCACCUUUUUAGGACCAGAACAUACCAUUCUAAGCGUAGAGGAGGUUUUUUUAUCUCCUGGAUAACUUUUGGCUGCCUUAACCAUCGCAUAGCGUAUUUUAUAAUGCUGUUAGCUGCUGCCGUUUUUAUCACCCAAAGUGGGAAAUCGUCUCAUUGUCUGAACAUGCACAUGCAAAACAAUAGUUCUUAUUAACAGCCCGCGUGAUACGAAGCGUCAUAUCUAAAGCACAAACAGACACUUAGUAUUUAAAGUGUGCAUUAACCCUGCAGCAAUAGCACUAUUAAUUAUUGCAUUACAUAACAGAUUAUUACAGUUUGCAUUCAACAGGAAUUGUUGAAAUAUUUGUAUAAAUAUACUGAUCUGUUAAGUAGGAUUUUUUUUAAAUAAUGCAUUAAUGCAAAUUAUUACAUUAUCUUAUGAGACAUCCUUUGGCGGUAUUCUUUUUCACGAUUUCAAGUGUGAGGCUUUGGAUGAAUCAAAAAUGAACUAAAUGAAUUUUCAGGGAAAUCUUUAUUAAAGGCACCAUGAGAGCCGUUCUCUGAAAACCCCUAUACAUUAUUAUACAUUAUCCUCAUUAUCGUAUAAUGAAUGACUCGUAUUUUUCACAUUUUGACUUCAACCUAAAAAGGCUUUCGUUAUAGCUGUUCAUGCUUCACUCCACUGCCUCGCAUUACAUUCAGUCGUUUCGUGCAUUACUGUAUACGAGAAGCUGGAAAUCAUUUUUUACAGCCACAAGGAAGAACAAAUCGAAGUCAGUAUUGUAGGUUUAGAGGGUCAGGGUCUGUUAUGUAUAAUAUAAUGCUGCUUUUUGUUACUCCAUGUAUGUAUGUCAAUAUCGUGUUUACACAUUGCAUAAAAAUGCCCACACAGUUAUGAGCUAUAUGUCUGAGAAUGUAAUACUGAUAUGGAAAGAGUGUUACCUAGGUUACUAUUUAUAUGCUGGUAGUGCAUUAUACGGCAGUGCUGAAAAAAAGACUAAAUUCAGAUGGUUUUUAUAUGCUAGUCAAUAAAUUCAAAACGUUACUUAACAAAAUAAACUAUAAAUAUGCAUUCUGCUUUUCUUUACACAACAGCUUGAGGACAGAUCAAAAUGACAUGUUUUUGCCAUUAAAUGUAAUCUAUUAUUUUCAGUUAUGUUAUUUAUGAAAUGUCAUCCGUUUUUUGCACUUUUUAUGCCUUGGUACAUUGAUUUGAGACUUUUUUUAGACAUUAACAGGGAUUGAUUCGAAAAUAACUGCUUGAACGGUGGAUGUGCAGUUUUAUAAAUAUUGAGAUUUUGUGACAGACCAAGAAAUUGAUCUUAUUUGACUGCUUUGAAUAUUUCUGUGCAUUUUAAUACAUGUUUUUACUACAUCCCAUCCUUCAUGUCGUCAGUAGAAGCAGCAGCAAAAUCGUAUUUUACCCAAAAACGAAUGCUCUUUCUGCAGUGGACCACCUUUAAAAUAUUUUUUAAAAUAUUUUUUUUGUUUUUUGUUUUUUUAUGUUGUUUAUAUAUGUUCCAUAAAUGCUUUUCUAUGUACACCAGUGUUGUAUAUUUUAGUGUUGAUCAUGUGUAUCAUGUGAAUAAUAAAUGCAAAUGUAUAAUAACAGAGAAUCAUUUAUUGUCCAUAUUUACAAUAAUUUACAAUAAAAUAAAUAUG